AUGGCCUCAUCGGAGCCGGUUCACCCACUGCGCAUCUCCAAGAACACUCCUGUGUCUUCGGGAUCGCCAGUCAAGAUGGCCAGCUCAAUCCCUCGUCCCCUGUCUGAGAUCUCCCCGAUGGAGAAGAGGCGAAAUUCGCCCAGCUGGAACCAAGCCACUAAGAAAAUGACUGUGAGCUCCGACUCUUCUCCAUUCCAGUCGUCCCCGUUGGAUGGCACCACCUCGCCCCGGCUCUUCUGGCAAAACCGGGGCUUCAACGAGAACAAUCUCUACGGUCGAUCAGGCUCUCCGUCACCAACUCGGCGAUCGUCCAUCGAGCGCUUACAGAAAGCCUCUCGUGUCAAGAACAGCAACAUCCUCGCGCUCGAACAAAAGCAGGAGUACGACCCUACCCGCGUCCCGCAGAUCGAGCGCCCGCUUGCCAAGGUCCAGGGCAAUGCUUACGGCGGCCGAGGCAUCAACGGGUUCAGGUCCAGCGGCGAAAACAAGGGCCAUCAGCGCAGCGAAAGCAUGACGAGUAUCCCUCUCUAUAACCCGGCGAGGCCUCCUCACUCGCAGACUGCGCCUUCUUUGAAUGCACCCCGCACGCCCACCACUAAGGAACCCGGUUCCCCGAUCAAGUCGUCGCUCUCGACCAAUAGGUUCAAGAGCAGCUACGAUUCCCAACAGGGAGACGGCUCUACCAUCGACGCCUCGAUGGAGGACCCUCAACUCCCGUCUGGCAGAUCUCUGCAUCGCCAUGCGAAGAGCGUCACUUUCGACGCAGCGCCGCCUCAGAUCAACGAGUAUGAGAUGGCCACACCGGACCUCUCUUCCAUCGGUACAAACUCUCGCGAGGGAAGCUACGAGUCUGAGGGAGACGAAGAUGAAUACGAGAACCACUACCUAGCUGGCGAGGCCCAUGGGCAGGAGGACAGCUUCGACGCCUCUCUCGAGGACACUGACAAGACUCCCGUCGUUGGUCCUGAUGAUUGGAGACAAGAGAGCCCGGCGGUACAUACGCGAGGCUUGGAAGACCCUUUCGAGGGAAGUCCGUUGCCCGAUGCCGUCCCCACCUCCACUGAACGCCCUCCGCAUAAUCGCACAGAUUCGACCAACUCCGACCACAGACCGCUGCCGCCUCUGCCCGGCAUGCAGCUCACCCGGAGCCAUUCGUCCUCAUCUACAAGCGCCACAGCAGAGCGUAUGGUUGGUGCUCAUAGAAGUCUGCCGUCUCCGCCCCCUGCUGCAACGAGCAAGUCGGAGAUCCAGAACUUUGGCAAUGGCAAGAUGACGCUUGAGGAACGUCUGAAGCUUAUGAUGCUGUCCGACGAUGGCAAGUCUGCGGCUGAGCAGCAGCGUGAGCGCCGUAUGCGCCGCGCCGGUACCAGGGAGCGUGUCGGAAGCAGCACUCCAGAGCCUGAGCUACCCGCUCUGGACCCCGAAGAGCAGGACGAAGCCGAGGACACCAUUGGAGACCUCUCUGGGCUCGAAGAAUACCAACUCCCGCCUCGUAUCUCACGCGAGUCUAUUCUUCGUCGUGUCAAUGGAAACCAGGGCCUGGAGCGCGAGUCUGACUACAAUUUCUCCUCGCCCGCCCCGAGCUCGCCCGAGCGUCAUCUCCCCCUUGACCCCGAUGUCCCCAUUCCGAGCACGGAAGACUCCAUGCUUGACGUCAGUGACAUCAGCGGCAUUGGGGAGGAUGGUCUUGAGAAGGAGGCUGACCUCUACUCAAUCACCGAUUAUUACCAGCAGCCCGAGUCUCAGCAGGGUGACAUCAACGAGGAUGCAGAAGACGUUGUUAAUGACACCGACUCCGCCAGCCAUUACUCCGAUGCCUCGAAGGAGCUAGGCCUCCAAGCCGACGGCGCCUCGACGCCUCGUGCCACCACUCCUGUCCCAGAAGAGGCGGUGCCAGAGCCCUCCAAAGAAUCCGACAACCUUUUGCCGGAUCUUCCUACUCGCACCAACAAGCUUGAUCUUGGCAGCGGCAUGGAGACUUUCAUGCUUCCCAGGCCCAACGAGGUCGAGAGCGCUCCCAAGAUGGCUGAAGCUCACGCAUACCUACAACGCCCGUACACCCCCGAGCAGCGUAUGUCUAAGCCCGAGUACGAUGGCUCCGGCUGGGGCGAGGAUGAUGAAUUCGACGAGGAGGAGCCUAGCACUCCAGAAUCCGUCAUUCACCAUCCGAUGUCCGACGACUCUCCAAGAGAGUCUCCCGCAAUUCCCGAGCAGAUGGCCACGAUCAAGGCAUCCGGAUCCAAGCUCAAGACCCGACCAUCUGCCACGCCAUCUGACAUCAUGGCAAUGCGCGAGGCCCGGCGCCAAGUUAGUCGCGAGGUGCCCGACGUUCCUCCAAUCCCGGAGCGACACCGCAACCGUCUGUCGAGAGAUUUCGACAUCGACAGAGAUCUCGCAGCAAGCGAUGACUUCCUCGAGCGUCACCCCAGCUUUAAGAAUCGCAGCCUGACCCUGGAACUUGAUCUGGGUUUGAGCCUAGACAAGGACUUUGAUCGAGUUAUCGAGGCACAAAAGGUGGCUGACCAACCUUUUCUUUCACCCCCUCAGAACACCAAUACAACUUCAACCAUCAGCAGACAAGCGUCUCUGAAGGCUGGGAACAGCUUUAUCAACCAAGAGCUUGAGACAACCACAGACAGCACUGAUACUAACAUCACUACCCGUAAACAGCGCGGCUAUCUGAUGCGCCAAAACACCAAACUCGUCGCUGCCAGCGAUAAGGACUCGGAGGAUUUCCGCGGGACCCGAUCAGCGGGCAAUUCUCCCAUCAAGAAGGAUCGACCCCAGUCCUGGACUGUCGAGCCUUGGAAUGGCCAGAGGAGAAAGAGUACUAAGAAGGCCAACCGCAUGACUGGUCCCGUGCCCCCUCUGCCUGGACAAGAGAGCAACGCAGCGCCCCUCAAUAGCCUGCCUGAAGAGGAGCCCCACGUCGAUGUUGCUCCCGAGGAUAGUGGCGAACGUGGCAGACUCUUCAUCAAAGUGAUGGGUGUCAAGGACCUUGACUUGCCUAUCCCCAAGAAUGAACGCACCUGGUUUGCUCUGACACUCGAUAACGGUGUGCACUGCGUCACCACUGCCUGGCUGGAGCUCGCCAGAAACGCCCCUAUCGGACAAGAGUUUGAGCUGGUUGUGCCAAACGACCUUGAGUUCCAGCUGACCCUGAACGUGAAGCUGGAGAAGCCCGCACCGACCAAGGCGAUACAGUCUCCCACAAAGGCAAGCAGGCCUAAGACAUCGACCUUCAGCAGGGUCUUUGCGUCUCCCAGGAAGCGCAAGGAGAUGGAACUUCGCCAGAGGGAAGAGGAAGAGCGACUGGCCCGCGAGCAGCGCGAGGCUCAGGCGAGAAGCACCAAUGCGCAACCCACGUCCUGGGACCUCCUCUCUCCUCUUGCAGCAGAUGAUGGCAGCUUCGCCCGUGCCUACGUUUGCCUCAAGGAGCACGAGUCGAGGUGUUUCGGACGUCCGUACUCAGUAGAGGUAGCAUGCUUCAACGAGUGGGCUACCGAGGAGGCGGGCUUCGCGUCCAGCGUCAAGAGUAAGCGGGGAAAUACUGCCGUAGUCCGUCGCGCUCCGUACAAGAUCGGCAAGCUGGAGCUUCAGCUUCUGUUCGUCCCCCGCCCCAAGGGGGCCACGGACGAGGAUAUGCCUAAGAGCAUGAACUCGUGCAUCCGCGAGAUGAGGGCUGCGGAGGAGAGACUGUCCCGCAACUGGGAGGGCCAUUUGAGCCAGCAGGGUGGUGACUGCCCGUACUGGCGCCGCCGCUACUUCAAGCUCGUCGGCACAAAGCUCACUGCCUAUCAUGAGGCGACGAGACAGCCGCGAGCCACCAUCAAUCUGGGCAACGCCAAGCGGUUGAUUGAUGACAAGAGGGCCUUGACGGAGAAGGAGACUACAGGCCGCAAUGGUCAACGACGCCGGUCAGCGUUUGCCGAGGAGGAGGAAGGCUACAUGUUUGUCGAGGAGGGUUUCCGAAUCCGCUUCAACAACGGAGAGGUCAUUGACUUCUACGCCGACACCGCCCAGGACAAAGAGGGCUGGAUGAAGGUCCUUUCCGAGGUUGUCGGACGUGACAGCGCCGCUGGGGACGAUGACGCCAGCGUGUCCCGGGCCAAGGGCAAGUGGUGCGAUCUCGUCCUUAAGCGGGAGGACACCAUUCGCAAGCGGACCGAGGGACGCCGAGUCCACUCGCGCACCAAGAGCAUGCUCACAUGA